GCGUUGAAGAUCUGGUCACGGCUUCACGAAGCACUGAAGCUUGUUUCUCUACUCUAGUCUGGAUGUGAUCCAUUCAAGGUCAUCCGUCUAGCAUCCUAUGACUGGUUAUACCGGAUCUCUAGAUAUCCGGACAACAACCUACUGAUAGAGGUCCUCAGCAACGGAUCAGCACAUCCUGAGGAUAUUCUCUCGUCCUGCACGUUUUCGUUUCCUGUUACAUCGCUCGGUCUGAAUCUAACAGUCCGUAUUGUAACGUCCGACCAUGGUUCUCCCGUGUCAGGUCUCAAAUUCAUUGAGGCUGACAAGCUCGUCAGCCUCUGAUCAGCACCAAGGAACGCCAGCCUGCGUCUUCUGUUUCUCACUACUUGGCUUCUACGACCAUGACCAAACUCAGCUAUAUCAAACAACCUUUCCGGACUCCUCUUGUUCGAUGGUACCUCAAGGACAUCUUCAAGCCUACGAAUGCCGUUGCUACACCCCGGGCUCUAGGCAAACGUGGUCGGUCUCAAGCAUCUUCUCCUUGCUCUCCUACAGUCUUCAGUACAUCCGAUGGAGCUGCCCUCACUCUAGGAGGACAUCUUCCCAACUGCGUUGCCUUGCAGAAUAACGAUCCUUCCAUCUCAGAUGCAGUCAUCAUCACCGCCCUUCAUACGCUCCCAUUCUGCUGCCACGCUGAUCUCGUGACAAUGACUCGCCCACAACUGCUCUCUGUCACUCAGAUAUUGAACGAACGACUUCCUCAGGCUCUCAGAAUCGACACGAGCACUAGACGAACGGAUGCGUUUAUUCGCAAUAGUAUCGAGUUACUGGUGGGGAUACAUGCGUCAAGUAGGGAAGUACCUGGAGCACCCAAAGCGGAGCGGUCUAUGAACCUAUCUUCCAGUUUGUUGUUGGACGGGUACAUUUCGCCUGGUCGGUCUGCCCGUGACCUCUUGCUACUCGACCCCCCAAUGAGUCCAAUCUCGCCCUUGGCUUCUCGCAGUCGCAAUAUCGAGGCAGACUUCUCAUCUAAACUUGGGAGCCCUACCGGGAAACCCCUCGAUGUUCUCAAGGAAGAAGUGGAAUCAGAGGAGGAAGACGAGGACGUAGAGAACAUCAUUGGGAAGAUGAACGUCGAUAAACCGGUGAAGAGGCGCCGUAUGCUCGAUCGUGAAACCCUCUUCAACACACCUCCCGACGAAUGCGCGGCGCUAGGUCGAUCUCAUUCCCAUCGUGUCCCAUUGACCACUCGGAAUCGCCUCAAUCUUCGACCUGGAGCAAGCGUUUACCGAUCUCAGAGUCAGAAACUCCCUGAGAGGCGACGUGGAUUGCUCGCAGGUGGCUCUCGUCGUAAUAUUACUCUUACCCGGGGUCGGAGCAGCUCUCGAUCCAAUGGUUCAGCUUCCACUGCCCCAUUCGCUUCCCAUGACUUUGGAUUCAACUUCAACCCUCCCGCUCAGACUUCUACCCCGAAGAAGCGCAAGCGCGUUCCAUCCGACUCGGAGAUGGACAUCAGUUCUCCUGCUCUGUCACCAUCUACUUCCUCGCCUGAUAGAAUGCUCGAAUCCUCUGCCAUCAGAGCCGCAAUGCCCUCACCAUAUCUGCCGUCCCCGUAUAGUACACCUCGCCUUGCUGCUAAGGUCGAGGGUAGCAAGCUCAUCUUGGACGCCUCCGAUUCUGCCGUGGACACAAGCGAGGUCACAUUUAGGAUCGAUGGCUUGACUGUCGGUUGCUCUGAGACAAGUUUAGGUUCUGGUGCUCAUGCAGAUGUUGGUUGUGACGUUGAAGUCAAAGAUGCGGAGUCUAGCUAUUCUGGUUCGGACAUGGAUAUCAGUGUUGACUUGUGAGAGUUUUACUUCUAUUUUGUUUAGGGUGAUUGCUUGGACUCUAUCUCAUGGCGUGCAUUGGAGGCAUGAUUAUCUGCAGCACUAUAACAGGACUUCAACGCAAUCUCAUUCGCAUAUUUCUUGCAUAUUUUUGUCUAUCUCUACCGUACAAUCUGUUGAACCGUAUCUCGUAAUGGGUCUGCAACUAUGUCCUUUAAGUUGUCCAUACCAGGACCCAACGUUGCUUCCACCUCAGCCACGUUGGUUGCAACACGUGUGCGAACAUGUUGUCUUGUGUUCAAUCGACAUCAUUCAC